CAGGGCUUCUAUAUUAGUUGGUUUACCUGUUUGGAGAAGAGUUCAAGAUGAAUGUGAUUAUAGCGUUGUUGCUUUUUCUCGACAUUUUCUCCACGGUUCCUGUGAGCAAUGGUGAAUUGGGGAACAACGACUACUUGAUUGUUAUUCCAAGAGUUUUUCGUGCGGGAACGAAAAUGAACAUCGGAGUUAAUAUUUUUGGCAGUAAAGGGUGUGAUGUUGAAGUCAGAGUGUACGAUGGGACAAAAAAUGUCCUAAUAAGCCAAGCCAGAGAUCGAUUUCAACCAAAUGAAGCCGGCACUCUGGAACUUCCGGCGCUCGAGAAGGCGUCGUCGACUCUUAAAGUGGAAAGCACGGUGUGUGGAGUAAGAACUAAAAAAAAGUCGGUGAAUUUCGUAACUUUUGAAAAUAAAGUUUUUAUUCAAAUUGACAAACCGAUUUACAAACCUGGACAAAAAGUCUUGAUUCGAAUCAUUAGUGUAGAUCCUAAGUUGAAGCCUGCAGGAAAAAAGAUUUCUUCAGUGAUUAUAGAGGAACCCAAUGGUGCGAAGAUAAUGCAAUGGAAAGAUGUUUUGAUGCAAGAUGGUUUUGCAAACUUGCAGCUUCAACU